AUGCUCGCGAAGUCUGUGACUGCCAUUUGGGCGCUUCUUCUCCUCAUCACGUCUGCGCAAGCCCAAUUCCAAUUCUUCGAGCAAAUGUUCGGAGGAGGCUCGCAGCAAGGUCGCCAACAAGAGCAGGAAGCUUCCAGCGAUAGUGCUUGGUACCAAAAGACAUGGGACGGAGAUAUGUGGAGCAAAUCAAUUCGAGCGCCCGCUUUGCGGCGGGCGACUCACUACAGCAGAGCCUUUGCGACUAGGUAUCCAUCUACACCACCACAAGGACCUCGAAACUCUAUACGAAGACCAGAUCUUCCUGCACCUAUAGGGAAACCUCCGAAUAGUUCUUCCGAAAUUGCACAUUCAGAGCUUAUGAAAUCCGCAGACUUGCCAGCGGUAUUGCGCGAAACAAAUCCAGCGGAAAAUACUCUACUAUCUCCUGUGCACGUACCAGAAGAUCCCAACGGAGUAUUAAAACAAAAUCACCCGGCCGCAAAAUUGCUCGCAAACUCGGGUCUUGUGAUAAGAAGAGAAUUGGAAUUGUUGAAUGUUUUGCUCGCUUAUGAACAGCCAAAUCGUUAUACCAUAUACGAUGCGCAAGGAAACCACGUUGGCCAUAUCAUAGAAGAUGUAGGCGGACUGGGACGGUCGAUAACGCGCCAGUGGUUUCGCACACACCGGAGUUUCACUGCACAUGUGUUCGAUCGAGACGAAAACGAGAUUCUUAGGAUACAUCGCCCAUUCUCGUGGGUAAACUCCCGUAUACGUAUCUACGAUCCCCGAAGUCCUACAGAUCAAACAUAUUCCACGACGUCACACUCGUACGAGCUCACUUCCAAUACACAAUGGGUUCCCAUUGCCGAAGAUGGCAGUUUCAAAAUCUCCCAGUUACCGUUAUCUGCCAUGCGAGUCAUUGGGGAAGUACAGCAGCAAUGGGCACUAAUGCGCCGCAAAUAUGAUAUGUUUCUUUACCACCCGAAUCCCACCGCCCAAACGGACCUCGGUGUGCGACAGAUAGCUGAGCCGAGCGAUGGCCUAUCACAGCCCCAACAAACACAGCUUAUAAAGCAUUCAGGGAACUCCAAUGGCGCAGGCGAAUAUCAUCAAUUCUCGUAUGUGGACGAGCCUGCGUUAUCGUGGGACUUUUCCCUUCGCUCCGCGGAUGAUCGAUUAAUCGGAUCUGUCAAUCGCAAUUUUUCUGGGUUUGCCAGAGAGAUAUUCACUAAUAUGGGCGUUUAUGCUCUUCGAAUGGACUCCGCGGUUUUGGCUGAAGAUAAAGAACGCCAAAAUCCCACUUCUCAGCCGAGUCACCAGCUCGUUACUCAGACGGAGAACAAUACAGGAAUGACAUUGGACCAGCGUGCUAUAAUGCUGGCUACUGCUAUUAGUAUUGACUUCGACUAUUUCAGUAUUCACAGCCCUCAGAACAACGCCGAAGCGCUUCCGUGGUUAUGGUUUCCCGGUGGGUCAUCUGCCGAAGGAGCUGCAGCAGGCAAUGCUGAAUCUGCUGCGGGUGCGAGCGCGGGCGCAUCUACAGAGUCAACUGCGCUUGGAGAAGUCGGAGCUACUGCUGUCGGAAGGGCUGGGGCUGCUGGAACUAUGGCGGAGGGAGCAACUGCUGGAGUUGCGGGCGCAGGCUCCAUGGCAGGUUAUGACGCAUUGCGACGUGGAAUCUCUCCAGACAAUCAGCCUCCCCCCUUUUAUGAAGAUCAACCGUUGGAUUCUACCCGACCAGAUCAAUCUGCUGCUCCCGAAGAGGUUUGGGGGGAGACUGAGAACCCCUGGGGUUCAAAGGGCGGUGAUGUUGGUCCCAGUGGAAGCUCAGAAGGUGGUAAAUCUGAUGGCAUCGACUUUGAUGACUUCGAUUUCUUUUAA